UGGUGAUGUGGAAUCAAGGCUCCCUUUGGAAUUACCAGACCUAGUAUUCUAUUUACAACAUCGCAUUGUCCAAUACCCUCGUUCUUGCUGAUUACAUACCUAGAAUCGUCAUGUCGAGGAGGGCUCCGAACCCAGCUGCAGAGCGCGCUGCGCAGAACACGCAGACGAUCAAGAGCCUCUUGAAACUAGAGGGGAACAAGACGUGUGCGGAUUGCAAAAGGAAUAAGCAUCCAAGAUGGGCAAGCUGGAACUUGGGUAUCUUCAUCUGCAUAAGAUGUUCUGGUAUACAUCGAGGAAUGGGCACGCACAUCAGCAGAGUCAAGUCCGUCGAUCUCGACGCCUGGACCGAUGAACAAUUACAAAGUGUAUUGAAAUGGGGCAACUCAAGAGCGAACAAAUACUGGGAAGCGAAGCUGGCACCAGGGCAUGUACCAUCCGAGGCAAAGAUUGAGAACUUUAUCAGGACAAAAUACGAAUCGAAAAGAUGGGUGAUGGAGGGACCUAUGCCAGAUCCAUCGACUCUCGAUGCCGAAGGGGACGAUGAUGUUCCAUUGAGUCUAGUGAAGGAGAAACAAGCUAUUGAGCGUUCUACCUCUCAGAGAGCUUCUGCAUCUCCUGCAGCACAGGGUCCUUCCCAGAUCAGAAGAGCUCCUCAGCCAGAUCUAUUUGCAGACGAUAGCCAACCACCUCCACGAGCGAGUACAGCAGGACCAACAGCUACAAGACCUCCACCAAAUUCAGAGCCUGCUCCUCCUAAGCAGACCAAGCCCGCUGAUUCUCUACUUGGCUUGGACUUCUUUGGAACAGAAGCUCCACCACCAAAUCGACCAUCCAGUGCUGCAGCGACUCCAGGCACCCAAUCACGGCCAGACUUGAAGCAGUCUAUUCUCUCUCUAUAUGCCUCAGCUCCUCGACCACAGCCUCAACAGCAGCCUUCUCAUGUUUCCCAAGGCUCGUUCGGUGGAAUGCAAUCGCCUAUGCAGCAAUCUCCCCCACCUACGCAGACAAGUUUUGGUGGAAUGAAUGAUGCUUUCAGCAGCUUAAGCUUCUCUGCGCCUAAGUCGCCACCUACACAGACCCAGCAGAAGCCUUCCGCAUUCUCAGGACUAGGGAAUAUUUCUAGCCAUCAGAGGGCACCUUCUCAGACCUCUCCCCCACCUCUAAGCGGAGGCAGUUUUUUCGACACAAAACCAGCAGCGAAGCCUGCCCAACCACCGCAACCAAGCAGAGGGUUUAGCUCAUCAAGUGGCUUUGGUGCUUUCGACUCAGCACCUGGCAUGCCAACCCCUGUUUCGACUACAAAUGCAAGCUCUGGCCUCAGUGACCUCUUCGACUUCUCGGCCCCAUCUCCUCAACCUCCCGUACCCCCGAAGCAAACCAUUGCGUCCCCGCCUCCACAAUCGUCCGUAUUCAAUCUCUCACAGCUAGCUCCUCCCAAACCUCAAUCGCCUCCAGCACAGAUGAGUGGUUGGGGAAAUCAUGACGCGUGGGGAUCUAACGAUGCAUGGAGCUCUGCUACGACCAGUCCUCCAGCUGCUAAGGCACCUCCUCCACAAACAAGCUCUGGGUCUUUUGGAUGGGGUUCAGGCGGAUCGCUAGCGAACCAGAGUAUCGUCCCGGGUGGUGGAGGAGGGUUCAAUACCGCAGGGGCAACUCCAAAGGUUGCUGCAGAUGAUGAUUUCGGAGGAUGGAGCAGUGCGGCUCCUGUCACUCCUGGAGCUGGAACAACCCAAUCUAAGCCUGCGACUGGAUUUGCGGCCAGUGAGGAUCUGUUUUCGAAUGUGUGGGAGUAGAUUGGGCCAGCGAAGAUUUAGAGAAAAAUACACAUUCGAGCAAUCCACAUCUGUUCAUACAAU